UGUUUGGUGCUGGCGAUGUCAUUACUUCUCAUGACUUUCUCCGCGCGUGUCCUCCCCAGGGAACAGAUGCGUCGCGUGCAGGUGGCGGUGGCCGUCAACAUCGUGCGGGAGACGCCUUCACACCUCACCCCGCGACGCUAUGCUACGAACCUUCUCUCCGUCCUCGCCAGGGCACAGAAUGUGUCACGAGCCGCCCAAACUUCCGCAAAGGCUUCCCACGCACCUGCCCGGGCUGCUUGCUCGGAGGCGCCUGCACCAAUGGCUCCAUCAUCUCUCCCGGCAAAAACGUCAGCAACAACAGCCUCGCGAGAUGGCAACUCAAGCGCAGCUGUUGUGCAAGCUUUCUGCACGACUCAGCAUUCUGGAGACGUCGAUGAAAGCUCUAGGGCUGCUGAAAAGAGGACCAGUGAGGCUCAGCAGUCGAUGAGAGGGGCUGAGCAUCCUUCGGAGAGGCAUCCUUUGCAGACAUCAUUAGGAGCUGCGUAUCCUGUGGGCAUGAUGAGGGAGUCUCGGCAUCCUAACAAGAGGGUAACAACAGUUUCAUAUCAACUACACACAGAGACAGCAACUAAGAAUAUUGCAGCUCAAUGUCACAGGAAGGUGGUAGCAGGAUCCCAGUGUCCCACAAAGACGUUAACAGCAGUCCAAUGUACUGAACAGACGGCUAGAGGAAGUGGGCAUCGUAGGGGGGCGGUAAGUGCAGCGCAGCAUAUCGCAGAGCCACGGGUUUUAGUUCAGCAUUCAAGGGAAAUGACAACAUCAACUCAAACUGUUUUGCAAACAAUUAGGAAUACCCAGCGUCAAAGACAGGUGGCAGGAGCAACUCGGGUUCCUACAUGGACUAGAACAGCUGCUCAGCAGCCUAUUCAGGGCACGAGAGCAAGUGAAUGUCUUGGAGAGGUAUCAGGCGCAGUUCAGCAUCUUGGAUUCGUACAGUCUCCAAAGGCUUUACAUCAACAGAGACUCCUGAAUCGACUUGGGGCCGUGAGUCCUCAGGAACAACCCAGAGAGGGAGAUAAAUCCAGCGAGUUGCUGCAACCCAAUAGGCAAGAAAACUGGACUUUCAGUUCCAAUCAGUCACUGGCAGCAGAGAUAGAACGAGAAAUAGAGCACUUUAAGGCUGGAAUGCCAGUAGACUGGCUCAAGUGUCGCGAUAUCGCUCAGAUCUUGGGCGAUCGGGUUGCAGCGGCGGACAGGGGCCUGGAGGAGACUUGUUUGAGCGUCACAACCAAGUUUGUUGCCAUGCUCCUUAGGGCAAAUAGAGAAGGGUCUCCGCUACUCUACGACCGGCGGCGGCACCACGACCGCACCGCAAACUGGUGGUGCGUGUUAGGUAAGGUCACAGACGUGGUGACCCCUCUAUGCACGGCACCUCCUCUGAUGCUGAGGUCAGGAAAUAUCCUCGUUGAGACGCUGAUCAACAUCGUUCGCACAUCAGGCGCGAGGGCAGGCCCGGAGGAGGACCCAAGCUUCGAACUGGCCUACACGGUCGCCUCCAUUCUGAGCAGGGUCGUCGCGCGCGGCGGGGCAGCCGUGUUGGGUGAUGCGAAGGAUCGCCCUUCUCCUAGGGCUUCUGAGGAAAUCCUGCAGGACGUGGCUGCGGCGGGUGUCCCUUCCCUGGACGCGGCGCUGGCGGCCUUAGAGUCGUCCCUCUCCCAAGACCCGGUUCAUCUCUUCGACGACGUCAACGGCUCGUCCCUCGCCACUCCCUUCGUGAGCCCCCCUCUCCCCCCCCACUCCAGCAGCCUCUCUCCGGAGGACGCCGGCGCUCGCAGGUUCGCUAUGGACGCCCGAUGGCAUCUGCUGUACUGGAAGUCCGUGAUAGAGGACCAGUGCCUCGCCCUGUUCUCGGGCAGCGACGGCGACGCGCUUCCAAUGUUCAUUCUGCACCUGCAAGAGAUUGUUCAGACGAUCAGUCGCAUCUGCCAGGAUACGGAGGAGGCUGUGCUCAUGAACCAUGAUAUGGAAUAAGGAUCAUCUGAAUUUCGGGUGUAUGUGAGGAUACGAGUGUAGUAUU